AUGAGCUCAGAGCUUCCAGUCAAAGAGUCGAGUUACGCAUCCUUCGAACUACUGAUAGUUAUUGCCUCGGAUCACAACAACGAAGACUCUGCGACAAGCCCAGGAGAAGCCGGAGGGUGCGCAUUUUGCCUUCAUUCGCGACGGGCUUCGGAGAACCUGCAAAGAAAGGGGUCUUCAAGCGAUAGAGGCCCACUACAUUGCCCACACGAGUUAGGUCCGGUCGAUCUGAAGCCUCAUCCUUUUGCGGCAGAGCUGGCGGGAACAACACUUCGCUUUGUCUUCUCUACUCUCAACAGUUCGCGAGUCCCUCCGAGAACCCAUGUUAGGAAGGUGUGUCUCUGUCUACCAAGGAACAAUUCGCAACGAGAGGAAGGCCAACUGGCCAUGCCAUGUGAACAGACUCUAUUAGGGAAAAAGCACGGUAAUCCUUCUGGACGACCUGGCCAUGCCCUCGGUUUCCUAUCACCGUAUGACUCGGUCAGUCCCGCUUCCUAA